UCCACCUUGAUCCUGAAGAUAUCCUUUCCUAGAACCCUACUAUCAAAGGAAACGGCCAUCUCUGCAAAUUCAUUUAAAGCAAACCCAAUGAACCCCUUUCCUCUGAUUCAAAUCAUUCAACCUCUUUCUCUCUCUCUCUCUCUCUCUCUCUCUCUGUGGGCUACAAUUCUGAGGGUUUAAGGCAAUAAGAAGAUUAAAAAGGAGACAUGGGAAAUCAGUAUAAUCACCAGCAAAAUCAUCACUGGUUCCGCCUAAGAUCAAUCAUACCAAUGUUGUGUUUGAGGCCGCCGGUGACAAGGAAGGAGAGGCUCCCAAAGUGCGACGGCAAUGCCGCCGAUGAGUACAGCAGCUACAAGGAGCCUGUGUCCCCUAGAGUUGGAUGCAUGGGUCAGGUCAAGAGGAGCAACAAGGUGGUUGGUUUCCCAACUCACCAGAGAUGCACCCAUAGUAAGGAUAAUGGCAAGAAGAAAUACUUCAAGCUUCAGAAGAUGUUCUCAAGCAAGGAUCUGGUUAGCACUAGCAGUAGCAGAAGACAGAUGCUCGUGGGUAGGAGUAGGGACAGGUUUGAUUAUGAGCAAGAAGAUUACUCUUCCAUCAGCAUCAGCAUCAGCAUCGUUGAUUUGGAUCCCCCUUUACCAGUUGUUAAACGGGCGCCAAAUGAUGGUAAGGAUGGAGGCGAAGUGGUUAGUCUUUGGAAGAGGAGAUGUGGUGGAGAGGUGUUGAAGGGUCUAGAUGUUAAGCAGAGACAAACUCCUUUUGCCCAACGACCAGCCUCUCUGUGAAGAAAUUGAUUAAAUCAUGUAGCUUUUUUUGUCAAUUACAUGAAACAACUGUGUAUAUAUAUAUUUAUAUGUUCAUUUCAUUGAUUCUCAAUUUUGUUCAUCUUUCUUA